AUGGUUCUGAGCCAGAAGGUUCCGACCCAGAAGGUUCUGAGCCAGGAGGUUCUGACCCAGGAGGUUCUGAGCCAGGAGGUUCUGACCCAGAUGGUUCUGACCCAGAUGGUUCUGACCCAGAAGGCAUCAUUUGGGUCGUCUGUUGUUCCCUCUGCACAUGUUACAGAAAUGCAGCUAACCGUUGGAGCAUCUGUGGCGAGACGCCAUGUUGGAAAUAAUAUAACCCUAACGGGGCUGUGCACACCACCAACACGCCACCAACCCGCCACCAACACGCCACCAACACGCCAUCAACCCGCCACCAACACGCCACCAACACGCCACCAACACGCCACCAACACGCCACCAACCCGCCACCAACACCCACCAACACGCCACCAACACGCCACCAACCCCCACCAACACGCCACCAACACGCCACCAACCGCCAUCAACCCGCCAACACGCCACCAACACGCCACCAACACGCCACCAACACGCCACCAACACGCCAUCAACCCGCCACCAACACGCCACCAACACGCCAUCAACACGCCACCAACACGCCACCAACACGCCACCAACACGCCACCAACACGCCAUCAACCCGCCACCAACACGCCACCAACACGCCACCAACACGCCACCAACAGGCCACCAACACGCCACCAACAGGCCACCAACACGCCACCAACAGGCCAUCAACCCGCCACCAACACGCCACCAACACGCCACCAACAGGCCACCAACACGCCACCAACAGGCCACCAACACGCCAUCAACCCGCCACCAACACGCCACCAACACGCCACCAACACGCCACCAACAGGCCACCAACACGCCACCAACAGGCCACCAACACGCCAUCAACCCCCACCAACACGCCACCAACACGCCACCAACACGCCACCAACAGGCCACCAACACGCCACCAACAGGCCACCAACACGCCACCAACAGGCCACCAACAGGCCACCAACACGCCAUCAACACGCCAUCAACACGCCACCAAUCACCAAUCGCGACUUGAUCGUGACCUCUUAA